ACUGUUCAAAAAGAAAAAGUAGCAGAGAAUAACGGUGUCCAUGCCGUCUAGUGACCCUAAACCACCGGCCCCCAGAAGCCAUCUAUUAUGUUCCUUCCCAAAGUCUACCAUCGCUUCUCUCUCCUCUACCCCUCCUGCGCUGCCUCUUCUCUCCGCUCCUUCUCCAGCGAGCUCUCCUCCGUCUCGUCGAUCCCCGCUUCCGGGAUUCUUCGGUUCGCCCGCAAGAAGCCGUUUAAGCCUAUGACCUCCCGCGGCGCCUCCGCUUCCUCCAGGCUCUCCAGACUCGCCCCCUUCGCCUCUGCCGCGGAGAAUGGCGCUGGGGAUCCCAACGGGUCGACUGCUCCCUCUUCCCGCCCCGAAGAGGACGAAGAAUUGUCAUCAGGGGGUGGGUAUCACCUUCCUCCAAAGGAAAUCCGAGAUAUUGUUGAUGCACCACCACUUCCUGUGUUAUCAUUUUCACCUCACAGGGAUAAGAUCCUAUUCCUAAAGCGCAGAGCUUUGCCACCAUUGUCAGAACUUGCUAGACCAGAGGAAAAACUUGCUGGUGUACGGAUUGAUGGAAACUCUAAUACACGGAGUCGGAUGUCUUUCUAUACUGGAAUAGGGAUCCAUGAAUUAAUGGAUGAUGGCAAAUUGGGUCCAGAGAGAGAGGUGCAUGGUUUUCCUGAUGGAGCUAAGAUCAAUUUUGUUAGCUGGUCGCGAGAUGGCCAACACUUAUCCUUCACCGUUAGAGUCGAUGAGGAGGAUGGCAGUAGCAGCAAGCUCAGAGUAUGGGUUGCAGAUGUAGAAUCAGGAAAAGCUAGGCCACUUUUUGAGUCGCCGAAUAUAUACUUAAAUGCAAUUUUUGACAGUUUUGUAUGGGUUAAUGCUUCCACGUUGUUGGUUUGCAUCAUUCCUAUAUCUCGUGGAUCUCCACCAAAGAAGCCAUUGGUUCCUUCUGGUCCAAAAAUUCAAUCAAAUGAGCAGCAAAAUGUUGUUCAAGUUAGGACCUACCAGGAUCUGCUAAAAGAUGAAUAUGAUGAAGAUUUGUUUGACUAUUAUGCGACAUCGCAGCUAGCCUUGGUCUCUUUGGAUGGAACAAUGAAGCUGAUUGGUCCUCCUGCUGUAUAUACAUCCAUUGAUCCUUCACCGGAUGAGAAGUAUGUGUUGGUUACUUCUAUUCACCGGCCAUAUUCCUAUAUUGUACCUUGUGGAAGGUUUCCAAAGAAAGCUGAAGUAUGGACGAUAGAUGGGAAAUUUGUUAGCGAAAUUUGUGAUUUGCCUCUUGCUGAGGAUAUCCCGAUUGCCUUCAACAGUGUACGCCGAGGAAAGCGUUCCAUCAAUUGGAGGCCAGACAAGCCUUCGACAUUAUAUUGGGUGGAAACACAAGAUGGAGGAGAUGCAAAGGUAGAAGUUGCUCCACGUGAUAUAGUUUAUAUGCAGUCUGCUGAAGCGGUAAAUGGUGAACAACCUGAGGUUUUGCAUAGGCUUGAUCUUCGAUAUGGAGGUAUCUCUUGGUGUGAUGAUUCCCUUGCUUUAGUGUAUGAAUCUUGGUAUAAGACACGCCGAACUAGAACAUGGGUCAUCUCUCCAGACCAAAAGGAUGUAAUCCCACGCAUAUUAUUUGAUAGAUCAUCAGAAGAUGUGUACUCAGAUCCAGGUUCUCCAAUGAUGCGAAGAACAGCUGCUGGUACCUAUGUUAUCGCCAAGAUUAAAAAGCAAAGUGAUGGUACUUACAUUUUACUUAAUGGAAGUGGUGCAACACCAGAAGGGAAUGUUCCGUUCCUUGAUUUAUUUGACAUAAAUACAGGAAGUAAAGAGCGAAUAUGGGAAAGUGACAAGGAAAAAUAUUAUGAAACUGUUGUUGCAUUAAUGUCAGAUCACACUGACGGCGAACUAUACAUUGAUCAAUUAAAAAUACUUACUUCUAAAGAGUCGAAAACAGAAAAUACUCAAUACUUUCUAAUGACUUGGCCAGACAAGAAGGCAUUUCAAAUAACAAAUUUCCCCCAUCCUUAUCCUCAACUGGCAUUGUUACAGAAAGAGAUGAUCAAAUACCAGAGGAAGGAUGGUGUUCAACUUACUGCAACUCUUUACUUGCCUCCAGGUUACAGCCCAUCAAAAGAUGGGCCUCUGCCAUGUCUAUUCUGGUCUUACCCAGGAGAGUUUAAAAGCAAAGAUGCUGCUGGGCAAGUCCGUGGUUCACCUAAUGAGUUUGCAGGCAUUGGUCCUACAUCAGCACUUCUUUGGUUGGCUAGAGGAUUUGCAAUCCUAUCUGGACCAACAAUUCCAAUAAUUGGUGAGGGUGAUGAAGAGGCCAAUGAUAGGUAUGUGGAGCAGUUGGUUGCUAGUGCAGAGGCUGCGGUUGAGGAAGUUAUACAGAGAGGGGUCAGGCUUUUUAUGUAUCUACUUGACAUAGUUUUGCUUCUACAUGUAUCUCCACCUUAUUUGCUCUUGCUUCUUCAGGUGGCUUACCCAAAUAAAAUUGCUGUUGGAGGUCAUUCUUAUGGGGCAUUCAUGACAGCUAAUCUCUUAGCCCAUGCUCCCCAUCUUUUCUGCUGUGGAAUUGCUCGUUCUGGAGCUUACAACAGGACUCUGACUCCUUUUGGCUUUCAGAAUGAAGACAGAACUCUUUGGGAGGCCACUAAUACUUAUGUCGAGAUGAGCCCUUUCAUGUCUGCAAACAAAAUAAGAAAACCGAUUCUAUUAAUACAUGGAGAAGAAGACAACAAUUCAGGAACACUAACAAUGCAGUCAGAUCGUUUUUUUAAUGCUUUGAAAGGCCAUGGAGCCCUCUGUCGUUUGGUGAUUCUUCCCUUUGAGAGUCAUGGUUAUUCUGCUAGAGAGAGCAUCAUGCAUGUCCUUUGGGAGACUGAUAGCUGGCUGCAAAAAUACUGUGUAAACAAUUCUGAUAAACCUGCAGACGUGGAUGCCUCUAAUACUGAAUCUCUGAAUGAUAUUGAAAAUAAGGCCCUUUCAGCUAGCAGAGGUGGGCUAGGUCAGGAAGGUUGGGACCAGGAUGGAUCUCAUUGGACACCGAGGUCAUUAUUGUGAUCAAGUUGAUUGUAUACUGGCUUCUGUAGGCAAUCAUCGUACUCAUCUACCUAAAAAAUACACAGAGCAACAAGGUUUUGCUUGGGCACCAAACAUGCCCAACAAAAAAUUUGAGACCAAAGUUCCUGGAAUUUUUUCAAAAGUCACCCUUCAUUUAACAAGGAGCUUCAUCCAAAGGCUGUAUCAACAAUAGUAAUGUAUAUCAUCUCUGCUGAAUUGUAUUCUCCAAAUAAAGCUUUUGUCAUCUCCAGCCACAUAUAUUGCUUAUUAUUACUGUUGUUACUAUAAUUAUAUUUUUUUGUCCAUUUGAGCAAACGAUAUAUACUCAACUGUACAACAUGUUGGGCUACUUGAAUAUUCUCAUAAGCUCUAUUGUUGAUAUCAAUGGAAACUGGCAUCAUCACAACUGAA